AUGGCUCGAAACAAAGAACAUAAGCAGCGCUUCGCGUCAAAGCACGCACUGGCUGACAAAUCCAAGGGUCGGCAACUACAGAGCAAGCAGUGCAACGUAAAGGCUGGGACUUCUGCUCACAACAAGGAGCGUUCAAAGCAGAUAGCUACUGCAAUGCGUGACAAGCGAGCCCGUGCAGCUCUGGACCAGCGGCGCCUGGGGAGCGCUGACGGAAUACCUCGUAUUGUCGGCAUUGUUCCCGCCAAUGAGUCCGGAAACACGGAGGAAAUUCUUCAGGGAUUCUGCAAGAGCCUGCAUGUGGAUUUUCCAGGCGGCGAUCAACCGUUCAGUGUUUUGUCCAAGGAAAGGAAAGCCGCUUUCACAUUUGUCUGCGAAAAAGACUGCAAUGACCAGGACUGCAUCGACGUCGCGAAAGUGAGUGAUUUUAUGGUGCUUACACUUGACUGCUCACAGGCUGUACAAAAUACUAUCCGUGAGCUUCAAGAUGCUCACGCUUUUACGGGUGACGACGGAGGAGAGACGAUUGCGACAACUUGGUUCAGCGACGUUGGCUUAUGCAUCACCGACUACACGCGCGAUCUCGUUGCGGCUAUUAAUUCGCAGGGUACCCCAAGCGUUGUCGUCGUAAUUCAGAACCUGCACACCUUUGCCGACCGCCAGCGACAGAAGGUGCUGAAGAUCCACCAGCGGUAUUUCAACUCUGUUCUGAGUGACACAACGAAGGUUGUGUCUGUGGUCAGCCAAGACGACUACACCAACAUUCUGCGCCACAUGCAGGUGUCAAAAAUCCGGACCCUGAAAUGGAGAGAUCAACAUCCAUACAUGGCAGUGGAGGAAAAGGCCUACAAUCCCGAAACCCAGGAGCUUACAAUCACGGGUCAUUUGCGUGGUAUGCCUCUUUCUGCUACACAGCUUCUGCACCUGACAAAUCACGGUACUUUCCAAGUUUGCAAGAUCGAGGAAGUGCGGAAGGGUGACGAGCGAGUGCUCAUUGAGACAUCUGAGGAAGAACAGCGAGAGUCACUCCAGCAAGUUCAAGCGAAUUCAACUCUAGAGGACGAUGGUUUUCCAACUGACGCGGAUGUGGUUUAUCAUCAGGAAAUUGCUCGGACUCACAAGAUUCGCGUACCGGCUGGCGUUUCCAGCGACCAAGCGGCGUGGUAUGACACAGAGGACAACAUCGUGAAGGAGAAAGCACCGGAGCAUCAGCACAUUACCAUGGAUGAUGAGGACGCCUUUGCCGGGGAUGCCAUGUCUUACCGCACGACACAAACCGAUGUCGAUUUUCUCAAGGUUGAGGAUGUCGUUCGUCUGGAGCGCAUGACAGACGAGGAGAGGAUACUGGAAAUGGAAAGACUGAAGGAAUUGAGCGAGGAGGAGGCUUGGAAUCCAGAUAUGGUAGAUACUCCGGUUAACAUAUCGGCGAGACAGCGUUUUGCCAAGUACCGUGGAAUGAAGAGUUUCCACACAGGCAGGUGGGAUCCGGCGGAGAACUUGCCUCCACAGUACGCUUACAUCUACAAGCUUCAGGGGUAUUCUCGUAUUCGCGAGAGUGCAAUUGGCGCAUGCGAAGGAGGCAUGGCUGAGGUGGGCAUGCGCAUCGCCAUCACACUCGUCAACGUCCCUCAAAGCGUGUGGGAUGCCUGUGAGCGGUGUUUUCUUAUUGCUUCCGGUCAGCUGCAGCACGAGCAAAAGUGGUCUGUGCUGCACUUCCAGGUUCAGAGGGCGUCGGAACUGGAUGAGCCUAUCAAGUCCAAAACUCCCAUGCUGGCGCACAUUGGAUUUCGCAAGUUCUACGUCUCGCCGCUCUUCAGCGAUAUCAGCUCAGGGGACCGAUCCAAGUUUGCCCGCUUCUUCCACGAAGGGGACAGGUUCCGUAUGGCGACAUUCUUUGGUCCCAUCAGCUACAACCCAUGUCCGCUGCUGCUCUUCCAGGUACCUUCACUUGAGGAGCAGGCAGAGGGAAAUCCUCUGCGACUAGCAUGCUUUGGCGGUAGCCUUCCUCCCAACCCUGAAACUCUUCUGCUAAAGCGCGCUGUUCUCAGUGGCCGCGUGGCGGUGAUUCACAAAAAGCAGGUCGUUGUCAAGUACAUGUUCUUCAAUGACGAAGAUAUCAAGUGGUUUCAGCCGGUCGACAUUUACACUAAGUUCGGCCGUCGUGGCAAGAUAACCAAACCCGUUGGCACUCAUGGGCUUUUCAAGGCUGUUCUCAACGACCAGAUUAUGCAGCAUGAUGUUGUGUGCAUGGACCUAUUCAAGCGAGUAUUCCCGAAAUGGACUACGGUUGCGUUCAGCAUGUCCGACGUCCCUGCCGGGCAUACGGAAAACGAGGAGGAAUGCUGA